AAAAAAUGCCACAACAAUAAUAGGAAUGAUGUCGCUUAAUAAGGCCUUAUGAAUCUGUUAAUCAUUUAUUCCUCCAUUCCUUCAUUCCUUCAUUCUUUAACAUUUUACAGGUCAUUCCAGUAGAAACAAUGGACACUGACAGUGUUUCUCAGAAAGAGGUCUUGAGUACCAAGGAUGGUCUCCACUUCAGUCUAAGAUCUAUUCCCUUCUCGCACUACAACGAGAAAGCAAGAUGGGCCUUGGACUACUUUCAAAUCCCUUACGUCGAGUAUCGGUCUUUGCCUAUGUGUCAUAUGAUCUCCAUGUUCAAGUACAGGGCAAAGGGAGCACCUUGGGUUGCCGAAGGAAGUCCCUUUGUCACCCCAUUUUUGAUGGUAACCCCAACUACGGCUGCAGCAGGAAAGAAAUUAGAGGCAAAGGAAUGUAUCACAUUUAAUGACUCAACUGCCAUCAUGAGCUUCCUCUCUGACCAAUAUGGGGCCCCUGCCGGCGACAGCAAGUCCGCUCCUACUAGCCUCUACUCGAACAACGAAGAGACUAAAGCGAAGAUCUUGGCACUUGAAGACCGAUUUGACAAAAUGAUUGGGCCACAUGUCAGACGAUAUGUAUAUUAUGAAGCAUUGAUCAAGUCACCUAAAAAGGUUGGCCGAGCACUUGGCCAUCACGACAAUGCUGGCAAGCUUCAGUCAUGGAUCUGGAGUUUAUUUUUCCCAUUGAUCUCCUAUAUCUUAAUUAAACUGUUUCAUGUCAACGAUGCCUCUGCAGCGCGAUCCAAGGAUAUCAUCCGACGUGAAUUUGAACACAUCUCGCGUGUUCUUGAGUCUGGCCCACCAGGUCCAGCAUAUCUGAUUGGCAAUCAAUUCACAGCAGCUGAUCUAACGUUGGCGAGUUUGGCCGCAAUGGUCGUUGGGGUAUUGCAAGAAGAUGGUUAUGGAGCAUGGGUGCCCCCGGUCACAGAGUGGACGCCUGAGGCUCAGUCGUUCUGCCAGGAACUACGAAAGACAACGGCGGGUAAGCAUGUCGUAGAGUGCUAUAAACUCCAUCGCGGACAAAAGGCGCCUGGAUCCAGCUACGGAUUUAAUUUUUUCGGAUUGUGGUAACUCUUCACCGUUAUGUCACAAACUAGAUAAGAUGGAUUUUAAAAAUAAAAAUGACGAAUGCUCAUUUGCUGUGCAUCAACAGAAAGGGCGUUCUCUCUCUCUCCAC